AGUUUCUAUUACCGCAACAGAAGGAUUCUCUUGUUCAACUUGUAUUGAGGAAGGUUCAAAAUCUUCUUUAAUGCCGGUUGAACCAGAAGGUUCUUCCACAUCUCAUCCUGGUUCUGAUCCUUGA